AUGACAGCCAUUCCGUGCUUAAGGAGCAAAGUGCCUCUCAAGCCAAAAAAGGUGACUCCAUCUGUGUACACCCAGGAGAUGUUACAGUCCACAGAGGAGCGCCUGGCUAACCUAAAAGAGAUGCACCAACCCCGCAUCCUGGAACUUCUUGACAUCAGCAACACUACGCAUCACAAAUUGUCCGUAGUGGGUAUGAAUCAGCCACUUUUCCAGCCCCAUCCAUCUGAACUGGUCUUCCAGAACUUCACUCCUGGACAAACCUACACACUACCUCUACGUCUCUACAACAAAGACAAUGUUUCACGUAAAGUGAAGCUGGAGCGUCAGGACUCAGACUUUUUCCAUGUGGCCGGACCAGAGGAUGCUGGCAGCCGGGUCGCACCAGGACUCGCCGCUUCUUUCACUGUCUCCUUCACCCCGCAGGAGAACAAGGACUACCACCACAGACUGGUUUGUGUGACGGAGAGGGAGCGGUUUGAGGUACCAAUACUUGCCAUCGGGCCACGUGGCAUUCUUGAUUUUCGCGAUGAGCUCCAUUUACCCAUCUGUACCGUGAAAGCCUCCACAGAGAGGACUCACCUGGUCCGCAACAUAGGAAAUGCUGUGGCCAAGUUCAAUCUAGACACAAAGAGCCCUUUCUCUGUGACGCCCCCCUGUGGGACUCUUGAUGUAGGCGAGAGCAUGCAGGUGACUGUGACCUUUAACCCCAUGACCACAGGAGACCACAGCCAGGACCUGCAUCUGCACUACCACACAGGUGAAGAUGUGUACAUCCGUUUGUACGGGGCUUGUGAGGAACUGGACAUCCAUCUUGAGCGUGAAUCUGUUCUGGUAAAUCAGACUUACAUUUCCCUGGCCAACGUGUGCAAAGUAUCUCUCACCUACAGGAGUGAGAUCCCUCUAAAGUACUGUUGGACGACAUGGCCCAGCCUGCAAGAGGAGGCCUUGAGCUUCUUGAGGGAGAGCUCAUCACUCCAACAGAAGGAGGAGGAGGAGGAGGAGAGAAAACGGUGGCUUGUUCAGUGUGAGUCCGACCCCACAGCGAUCUAUCGCCUCCCACAGCUGUCGAAAGCCCUGCAAGAACGCAGAAGCCAGUUAGUGGAGGACCAACGCCUGGUCCUCUCACACAGCUGCUUAACUCUGGAACCAGCGGAGGGUGAAAUCUGGCCUAAAACGCCAGCGCAGUUCAACAUUAUCUUCAAACCCGACGAGGCCAAGCUGUACCAACAAACCAUAUAUUGUCAUGUCACAGGUCGUGAAGCUCGGCUGCCUCUCACAAUAAAGGCACAGGGCUUGGGACCUAACCUCCAACUCACUUAUAACCGGAUGGAUAUGAAAAACGUAGACAUUGGUGGCAAAGACUGUUAUGAAGUGGAGAUGUACAACAAAGGGCUGAUUGAUGCCCCUUUCAGGAUGUCAAACCCCGACACCACAUUCGGCCGCUGUUUCUCCUUCAGUCCUGAGGAAGGUGUUGUUUCCUCUGGGGCCUGGCAGAUUGUGCAAGUCACCUUUCAGAGCUGCAUCUUGGGAACUUUCUCUGAGGACUUGCUGCUAACUGUCACAGGACAGCCUCAACCACUUACCGUGACCUUCAGGGGUUGUGUCGUUGCUCCCGCACUCGACUUCAACGUUUCUGAGAUCAAUUUUGGAGACGUAGCAUUUGGUUUCCCUCAAACAUUGGCUUUUACCCUCUACAACACCUCCUUUGUGCCUUUGAACUUUGCCCUGCGUGUCCUGGGAGACGGGACAGGGUCUCCGAGUGUUACUAGUCUCAAACAGGCGUCUGAGGUGUCAAGGAUCAAUUGGGAAUGCGGUGCUGAUAGAGGCCUUCGUGCACAGCCUGUAGAGUUCACCGUCAUGCCUGCUGCAGGCUCUAUGCGUAGCCUGUCUGAUGUCACUAUUAAGGUGACGCUGUGCUCCAACACAGUGAAGACAUACAGGCUGGUGCUGGUGGUAGAUGUGGAGGGUGUCGGGGAGGAGAUCGGGACUCUGCCUAUCUACGCCAGGUGUUGUGUUCCUGAUAUUGUGGUAGAGACUCCAGUGUUGGACUUUGAAAGGUGUUUCCUCGAUCACCCGUAUGAGCAGCGGGUGCGGCUGACUAACAGCAGCCCUCUGCCGGCCUGCUACGGCAUGCUCGACCAGGAAUAUGAGGAAAGUCCGUCAUUGCUUUUUGGCAGUGAUACACCGAGAGGACUGAUUCUUCCUCGUACUUCAGAAGAGCUUCCUGUGGUUCUGCUGGCUAAGGCGGUUGGAAGGCAGCAGCACACUCUACGCAUUGCUGUGUUUGGCAGCAGCCAGGCGUCCCUGGAGGUGGUCUUGUUCUGUGUUGGUCAGGGACCAAAAGUUCAUGUUGAGACCCCGAAGCUAGACUUUGGCCGAAUCCCUGUUCUGACUGACAUAACUCGAGUUCUGCACCUGUCAAACGAGUCACCUAUUCCAGCCCACUUCACUGCUCGCAUGUGGGAUAGAGGGUCCUUUGGGCGAGUUGAGCCCAGUGAGGGGGAAGUGCCACCAGAGAGCCAGCUUGAGCUGAGAGUUGUGGCACACCUGAAGGACACGCAGGACUUCAAGGCCACGCUGGAAAUAUCCAUCCGGGACAGUCAAACACACACUGUCCAUCUCUCAGCCACAGGCACUGGCACCACAAUUGUCAGUGACAAGACUUUUGCACCUGCCCUUGACCUAGGCGCAUACUUCAGCCAUGAGUCAUGCCAGUACCACUUUAAGCUGACCAACCAUGGCAAGCGAGUGCAACGGAUAUACUGGCGCACUGAUUACUUCCUGCCCUCUGCAAAAACCCAGAAGGGGGUAAACCCUUCGGACCGGACCGUCCUGCCCCCCAUCUCUGCUCCCAGGAAGAAGGACAUUCUGGGCCGUGGAUCUUCGCUCCCCUCUAGCAGGGAGAAGCCGGUGUUCAGCCUCACACCUCUUCGUGCGGAGCUUUUCCCAGGCCACUCCGUUGACAUGGUGCUGACGGGAUCUUCAGACUCUCCCAAGCUUGUACGUGAGCGCCUGGUAUGCCAUGGCAUUGUGGGUAACCAGGGCACGAAGGAGCUCAUCAUGUCUGUAGAUGUCACCUGUCGCUUUGUGGCUCCUAUGCUCAGCAUCUCCUCCAAGCAGCUGAAAUUCUACAUAGAGAAGGUUCCAGGACAGAGUCUUACGCCGCUAUUUGAGAAGCUGAUCUUGGAGAAUGUGUCAUCUCUGCCUCUGUACAUGGAGCUCUCUCUGGUAGAGCCCUUCUCCCUGUGUGAGGCCUCUGGAGCCCAUAUCAGAGCCACCACCAAGUCCAUGGUUUUAGGUAACGGGAGAAAGGCUGAGUUGUGGGUAUGCUUCGAUCCAUCUUACUGCCGGGAUCGGGUGUCACAAGUCAUGGAUGAGGUCCUUGAGCUACACUACCGGGGACACCCGCAGAGGGACAUUGUGGCGCUGCAUGCUGAGGUCCAAUUCUCCAACCUUCGCUUUUCCUCCACCACAGUGGACUUUGGGUGUGUGCUUAACUGCACGGGGAGUCGUAGAGAGAUCUCGAUUACCAACUCCUCCCCGCUGCCCGUGUCCUACCGUUGGGCUUUCCUGGAGGACCAGAAACACUAUGCCAUAAGGGACACAGAGAUGGUGGAGAAAGAGAAGGAGCAGAGAAAUCCAGAAAAUCCGACUGGAGAAGGGAGGAGUUCCUCUAGGACGCGUUCUCGUGCCUCUUCAGUUCCCCUCAGCCACAGGCCUGCUGCAGAUGAAGAGAGCUGCAAACAGCGCCCUGUGUUCGAUAUCUUGCCGAUAUACGGUCAUCUGCAACCUGGGGAACAGCAGCAGGUCGUUUUCUCUUUUUACGGCCACGAAAAUGUCAGCAGAGAGGUUGUGGCACGCUGCCAUGUGGAGGAUGGGCCAACGUAUGAAGUGAAACUCAGAGGAGAAGCUUCAGUGAUCAGCUACAGCCUUGACUCUACACAUAUUGAUUUUGGUCUGCAGCUGUUUGAUCACGAAGGGGAGGCGGAGGUGACCCUGAGGAACACUGGCAGGAUGGGCUUCACAUUUAACAUCAUAUACCCCAAAAGGGAGGAUGAGGAGGCAGGUGAGGAGGCAGGACAGAAGAAGGCCCAGGUAGAGGAGCAAACUGAGAACGGACAGGAAGUGAGACCAGGGCAACCCAUGGUCACCCCCACUGAGGGUUACGUUGAUGCCGGUGUAGAGCAAUGUCUGCGUGUGCUGUACCUCCCUGGUGUCCCCGAGGUGUUUGAGAAGCGGCUCCAGCUGCAGGUGGCCUUCCUCCCGCCGCAGGACAUCAGGCUGACCGGAGAGGGGGUGUUCCCAAGGAUCACACUGAAUCUUCCAAGAAACCUGUCAGAGGAGUGCUACCGUGAUGUGGUGCAGCAGGCCGGAGCAGCGGUGGAGGCCGACAGAGUCAAAGAGGAGCUUAUGACCGCUGGUGGAGGAGCACCGACCGAGGCCAACUGCACCCCCACAUAUGAAGGGCUGCUUCACAUGGAGAUUGAGAGAGCGCUGGUCAAACAGAAUGCUCUCGCUGUGACCGGAAGCCUGCAGGAGCGCAGAGACUCGAAAGGCUCCUCCAAGUGGCACAAACUUAGUCAGUUUCCUCUUCCAGAGUAUGUUUUGGAUUUUGGUUAUGUAAUUCUCGGCCAAGUCCUCAGUCACACUGUGAAUGUGACCAAUACUGGAGCAGUGGCUGUGUCCUUCCAUCUCAAUGAAAAACCUCUAGCUGGCUCAGGAUUCAGCACAGAACUGAAAAGAGUGAAAAACCUGCCCUGCGGAGAGACACAGACUUUAGCAGUCAAAUUUGACCCCCAAGGAUCCAACCUGAAGACGGGGGACACACAAGUUGUCAUGCCAAUACAGGUCACAAGAGGCCCAGUGGUGCAGGUGCGUCUGUCUGCACUGGUCACUGUGCCGGCUAUCACUGUUUCCACGGAUACACUGCAGUUUGACACUAUGCAGUGUAACAUGUGUCAGAUGAAGACAAUACAGCUGUGUAAUCAUGAGUCCGUGCCCUGCUGCUGGACCAUAGCUGAGGAGGGGACGCCUCUCAAAAAGUUAACCUGCUUAGCAAUAAACCUGUUUCUGAUUCUUGCUCAGCGUAAAAAGGUCUCUCAGGAGCAUCAACCUCCUCAAGAGGUGUUUAAGGCGAUCCCCAGUUCUGGCCUGCUGUCCCCUGGUGAACGAGUCAACGUCCAGAUAAAGUUCAGCCCUGCUGAUGGGCUUGCCUACAACAGGCAGCUAGCGGUCCAUGUGGCUGAGAGCUCCAAGCAGGUGUUCAUCAGAGUUCAGGGGCAAGGUGAGGAGCCACGGCUGGAGUUCUCCCAGUCGGAGCUGGAGCUGGGGCCUUGUCUGUCUCUCAACACUGAGGUUGAAGCAGAGGUCACAGUGAGAAACCCCUGCUCCUUCCCCAUCGAGUUCUACUCCCUGGAGUUCGACACGCAGUACCUCGAGGAAGAAAAGAUCCUGCAUCUGAUGCAGGGUUAUGAUGAGAACAACAUGUUACUGCUGCCUCCCCGAGCCCCUGGAGAAAGUCUGACCUCAGAACUGCUCGACUACUACAAGGAGUACUGCUCCCAGCUGAAAGAUGACGAGCCUAAUGAAGAUGAAAAAGAAGCUGAGAUGGAUGACACACACGAGAAUGAAAAGACAUUGAGACAAAACGAUGCCCAUACAGCAGAGAGCAAAUUUGAAGAAACCCAAACAGUAACUGUGAAAUCAGCUGAGUUACUUGUUUCAGAGAUGACCAAAGAGGGAUGCAGUGGGAGACUGGGGCAGUUGGAGAUGACCCCCGUCUCCAGAGCAAUCGCCCGCCACAUGUGUGUCGAUCUGUCACCUGAGGGUCUGGCUGCACGCAACCGCAGAGGCAUUGCUAUUGUUGUAUAUGGAGCCCCACUGAUAGGUCGGGGCAGCACAGUGGCUGCUCUGGCCCGUCACUACGGAGGGGCGAGCCUGAGUGUUGAUGCCGUGGUGACAGCGAUGCUCCUGAACGGCACCUCUCCUGUUAGCCUGACCGCAAGACGACUCUACGAUCAAGCUGCUGAAGAGUAUGCUGAGAAGAAGGUCGAGGAGGCUGCACAUCUUCUAGCCUCUGUCCCAGAUACACAGUCAGCUCCAGCUUCACUUGAUACUGCGGAAAACAGCGAGGAAAGCUGCAGUCAAAAUGACUCCAACACUCCUCAGGAGACUGAAAACACCCACUUUGCCCUUUGUCUGGGGGGAGAUGUGACCACACUCUGCAAUCUCCUGCCUGAACAGCUACUGGUUGAUGUCCUUGCAGAAAGAUUUCAGCUGAGCGACUGUCACCGUGGCAUCGUAAUGGACGGCCUGGAGUCUGUAUACACUCAGUCAGCAGCCAACACGCUGCAGGCUGUUCUGAAGGCUCUCAAUAACCGCAAACACAUCUACGCAGUCAACCUGUCGGACUCCUACACUGCCCUGCAGGCACGGGAGAGAGCACAGAGAGAAACUGAGGAGGCUCUGCGGAAAGAGAAAUCUGACAGGAAGGAGCAGUGGCUGCAGGAGCUGGACGAGGAGGAGUAUGAUGCUCUGCCAGAGGAAGACAAGGAGCAAAUUGUCCGGCACCAAGCAGAGAACCGCAGACAGCAGAAAGUCAGGGAGCUGGAGCAUAUACUGAAGGAGGAGGAAGAACAGAGGCAACAGGAGGAGAUGAAAAGGUUGAGAGAAGAAGAGUUGAAGAAGAAGAGCAAAAAGGGUGGAAAGAAGGAUGUUAAAGAAACGUCGAGGAAGAAGAGCGUGCUGGAGGGAAAGCAGUCAACAGAUGGGUUGAAUGGGAACAUAAUGUCUCCCAGUAACACCUCAAAAGAAUCCCUGGUUGAUGCAAGAGAGCAACAUCAUCUAAAUGAAGUGCAUCAAAGCAAAGAGGCGGAUGAUUUACAAAAGCAGACAGAAGAAACCAAAGCAUUAAACACAGAGUCUCCCCAACCCGCAGACAAGAUGGACAGAGAAAAGAGUGCAGACACUGCAGAGAUGAAGAGGCUGAAAGAAGAAAAAGAGUUGAAGAAAAAUAAAAAGGUGGGAGAGCGAGAUAAUAAAGUGCCUGGUGGAAAGGAGUCGACCCUGAUGGAAGAGACGCUGGUGGAUGCAAAAGAGCAACCUCAACUAAAUGAAGGUGCCAGCAAAUUGCAUCAAAGCAAAGAGGCUGAUCCUUCACCUAAGAAGACAGAAGAAGCCAAGCGAUUACAAGCAGAGAGUCCUAAACCUGUGGACAAGCCAAAGGGAUAUACAUCUGUAGAGGAUGAGCUGCAGUCUCAGUUCAGUGCGUAUGAGAAGAUCCAGGAGCAGGUGGAGCACAUCCUGCAGCACUGGGACCGAGCCCAGAGCUUGUUGCUGCUCCCGAUCCCCACUGAAGAAGCCCCCCCGUCGUCAGAGGACACCGCAGCAGAGAAACAUACCCCUGUUGGCAAGAGGAACAAGAAGGCCAACAGCAAGAUUAUGUCUCCGAUGCUGAGUCAAAUAGCUGCCGCAGCUGAAGCAGACAAGGUGUCCCCACAGGAAGUCAUCCCUCACAUCGUGCUGAAUGUAACGGGGAAAGACUCUCCGAGUGCCACUGAGCUGCUCAAAGGCAGCACCCUGCCUCAGCUGGUCCAGGUUUUGGAUGAUCUGGGGUUGGGACCCAGCGGCCCACCCAUCCCUCCCCCCGCCACUUUCUCUGUGGUUCCUUUUCCCAAAAACAGAGAGCAAUCUAUGAGUAAAGUCACCUGCAGCUGUUUCACCUUCCUGGUUCCCUCAGGGCACGAGGAACAGGAUGAGGAGAAGAAAGACUCAGAGGAAGAUUUACAAGCAUCAGUUGUAAAGGAAGAGGCAACACAUUCCAAAGGUCGCAUCAAGGGCAGCACUAAGGAGAGUGCAGUAACAAAGGACAAAAAGAGUCAAAAGAGCAAGAGACAAAUUUCAGCCAAGACAAAAACAAAGGUCCCGGUCAUUUCUCGCACAUCUGUACGCGACUCCUCCCCACUGGACAGCACCGAACAAGACCUACACCAAGGAAACUUAGAGCUGAAACGCAGCCAGAGCCUGACACAUUUUCGCUGGGUUGUACCAGCCAACAGUGAGGUGGUUCUGAAGAUUUGGUUUUACUCAGAAUCCCCAGAGAUGUUUGAACAGACCUUCAACUUUGAGCUGCUGGGGACCCAGAGACUCUACCAGCUCCUCUGCACAGGGAUUUGCACCUAUCCCUCCAUCUGCAAAGACCACACGACUCUUUUUGCUUUCAGUAAGAAGGUAUCAAAAAUGGAAAAGGGGCUCGAAAAGACUUACGUAAUCAAACCUGGGUGCUUUGAGUUUGGACCGUUACUCUGUGGAAAGACCAGAGACAGAUACAAGGAAAGUAGGUACCCUGAGAACACAGAGAGACUAGUGAUUCAAAACACUUCAGGCCUGGAGGUUGAGGUCCAGUUCAGUUUCCAGCACGACACCCAGGCUGCCACAUAUCUGCUGCACCCCCCGACAAUGACUCUCAAACCUGACCAGAAACAGGAAUUGACAGUGUGGGCCUACCCAACAAACAUUGGACAAAUGAAGGACAGUAUAAUUUGCCAAAUCAAAGACAAUCCAGAGCCUGUCAUCAUCAACAUCUCCUGCUGGGGCGUGCGGCCAGAGCUGGAGCUGGAAAGCAAGCAUUUGCACUUUAACAGGACUAUGCUGCACAGGCGUAACAGCUGUAGUGUGAAGCUGCAUAAUAAGACGGCCCUGCCGGUGUCUUGGAAGCUGCAGGGUGUGGACGAGUUGGGUGAUGAGUUCAGUGUGCCACAGGAUCAAGGCGUCAUCUCAGCCAACUCCUCUUUCCUCCUGAGCUUGCACUUCAGGGCCAAAAAGCCACUCCACAUAAAGAAGAUCCUACGUUUGGAGGUAUCAGAUGUGGAGAAGAUUUUAGGCGUCGUACAAACAGAAAACAUACAGCUCACAGCUGAAGCCUACGAUGUCGCUCUGGAAAUCAUACCAGAUGGCUGUCUAGACUUUGGAACCAUCAAAGUUUUUGAAGAGGGCAAACUGUCUCUCAGGUUGAAAAACCAAGGGAAAUAUGAAACAGCCUACAAGUUAACACUUCAGCAGACUGACCCACCCCAGCCAAACCUGGAAUCCAUUUUCACAUUGUCCCCUCGGAGUGGUACUCUAAUGCCCCACGAGAAGCCCACCACAGUGCAGAUCCUCUGCAAAGCCAAUACAAAAAUCUCAAUGAUAGAGCAGCCUAUCCUGCUCUGCCAGUUGAUUGAACCCAAUAUUGGGAAUGGAGAAGAAGUCGCCACACUAAACAUCAAAAUUUCAGUCAAGUCGGUCUUCUCCAGGUACAAGAUCACACCUGCCUGUGACAUCAACUUUGGUCCUCUGGUCUACGGCUACAAGAAAAGUGAGAGCUUCACCAUUGAGAACAACGGAACCUUUGAGACCCGUUACAGUGUAUGCCGCUUGAUCACAGACGCCACCUCACCGGGAAAGCAAGGGGGUCCCUGUAAGAAGAGCCAAUCAGAGAGAGCCACUGGUGCCACUAGCAAAGUGAGACGUGAGUCCAUUCAGAGAGACUUGAGUAUCACACAGAAUCGCCUCACCAUGGGGGUGUUCUCUGUGUCCCCCUGUAAUGGCAGCUUGCAUCCAGGGUCUCAGCAGGUGGUGACAGUGGAAUGUGUUUCUGAUCAGCUUGGUAGCUGGAACCAGGGUUUGCUUAUUGACAUCAGUGACCGUGACCCCUUAGACCACCCUGAUGGCAUUCCUUACAAACUGCUGGCUGAGGUCUGCAAGCCAGGUAUAUCGUUGGACGUGGCUUCCAUCUUUGAGGAGCACCAUCUGUGUAACAACAGCAGUCAGCUGUCCUCGGAGCAGUUCUGCAAUGCUGAAGGAAUUUACGUCCAGGACGAGAACAAGUUUGUUUUCAACAAAGUCCUGGUCGGGCGCACUGCCAAGGCCCGCUUCAAACUCACCAACAACAGCAAGGUGCCCUGUGCGCUCAGCUUGGCCAUCAAAUAUGUUGGCGCUAAGCUGUCUCGUGGAGCGGAUGUUUUUGAUUUGUCUGCUACGACACUGAGCAUUCCUGAACAGUCCCACGUGUUCGCCGUGGCCACCUUCACACCUCAGGCCAUGCAGCUCUACAGUGCUGUGUUCGAGGCCACGAUGGACGUAACCAGCAGAUCCAGAAUGACACCUACAUUCAAGAGCAAGGUGCUGGAGUUUGACCUCAUGGGAGAGGGCAAUAUGCCCAGUGUGUGUGUGGUGCGUCCGGCUCUAAGGACUAGCAGAGGGAGCCCGAGGCUGCGGUUCACACGAGUAUCAGCAGGGCGGCAACAUACCCGGCCCCUGGUGCUGCUCAAUGACGGAAAUGUUCCAGCACAGGUACAGAUUGACAUGCUGGAUAAACAUGGAGUGUUCACCCUCAAAGCUGCUCCUGGCAACACUUGCAGCUCCAUCUACUGCUCACAGAUUAAAGGCACUACCAAGUCAGAGCAUCAGCUGGUGCACAGAGCCACCCUGAGGCUUAAUGUUAGAGAGCAGGCAGAGUUUGAAGUCGGCUUCUGCUCCGACAAUCCCCUAAUUGUCAAGGCCAAGAUAUCACUGCAUGUGGAGGACAACAAGUACAGCAAUACCACAAUACAAAUAACUGGAGAAGCUUACCAGGAAAUCAUCUCUCUUGACAACAUCAGCAGCUCAUCGCAGGAAAUAGAGGAAGAUGAUGAGGGAGGUGUUAUGCAUUUUGGUGACUGCCAUGUAGAUAGUCCCUACCAAGAGAGCUUCACCAUGAGCAACCACAGCAGCAGCCAGGCAGUGAGGUUCGAGUGGCCUCCUGCAGAAUCGCACAUCUGCUUUUCACCACAGGUUGGACACCUGCAUGCUGGUUGUUCUAAGGAAGUGGUGGUCACCUUUUGCUCCAAUCAGCCAGUGACUCUGACCAGCCAGCCAAUGAGAUGCAAGGUUAGUCAGGUGGAGUUCCAGCAGCCGCUAGAGAAGGUGGCUGACUGGGACGACCGACAGAGGACGGUGCAGUGGCUGAGUUCUUCCAGGCCGGCUUCAGCAUCUCCCCAGCAGACUGGGAAGAAUAAGGUGAAAAAGACAGAUCCUGAGCCUUGCUGCUCUGUAGUGGAGGGGUCCCAGUUGGAGUUGGAAUUACGUAUCAGCGCAGUUUGUGACUAUGUGAAGUUCAGCAGCAACGCCGACACCAUCCACUUCAAAGACACCAUGCUGUACCAAACCAGGCUCCACCAACUACAGAUAGUGAAUCACGGCACUGUGAAAUUGGAAUUCUCCUGGCAAGUCAUCAGGGAUCAGAAUAACAACAUUUUAAACCAUGAACAAAGAGAUGGGACCCCGAGCCCCCGACCAGGCAACAGGUCAGCCAUGUUAAGUGAAGCCCGUCCCUCCAGCGCUCUGGCCAGCGUCCUGACAGGGAAUCCUGAGCUUCCUCCCUUCAGCGUCGAGCCCGGCAUCGGGGCCAUAGAGCCCGGGGAGAUGCAAAGUUUCAGCAUCCGCUUCUCCCCUCUGGAGGUGGCCCAGUUUCAGGGCAGGAUUAUCUGCAGUAUCCCAGACCUACAGGAUGGAGACGAGGCUCCCUGUAUCCCGGUGUGUGCCCGCAGCCUGUUGCCUCACUGCCACUUUGACCUUGAGGACUCAGACUAUAUCAGCGAGAAACGACAGAACCCUGAAUUCAGGGGACCUCUGGACCCCAACAUCAGGGUCAUCGAGUUCAACUCUGUUGGUUUCUCUGCGCCAUCGAAGAGAUGUUUUGGUGUGAUGAACCCAACCAGUAAGCCCUACUCAUUCAAGUGGCGGUGUGAAGACAAAGGUGGCAGUCCGUUCUGCUGCCUCACCCCGAGUGGUACCAUCUUGCCUGGGAAGAAAGUGGAAGUGUGUUUUGAAUAUGUAGCUGAGCAGAUGGAGGCGGUGGAGUCAUUCUGGAGUUUUGUGAUUGAGACUCUGUCCCUGUGUGUCCCCUUCCUGUGUGUGGGCACCACUAAAGAACCACUCGUCUAUCUCCACAGACCUCACCUCGACUUUGGAGAACUGCUUGUUGGUCACAAUGUGGAACUGACAGUGGAUCUGGUGAACGGAGAGGAUGAGCUCUUCCACUUCUCUGCCCUGCAGUCGUCUCUCCUCUGUGAGGAUCAGCAGUCCAGACUCAGUGUGCAGCCCAUGAGGGGCACCGUGCCACCCAAACACAGGUUGCCACUGUCGUGUCCUUCACGCCGUGCGGGAGGGCCGUGGCUUCAGAUUGGCUUGAAGGUGAAGAGGAAGUCAGAGCCGCUCACACUCACAGUGAAGGCGGAUUGUUUCAGCAUAAGCACUUCUGUUCAAGUGGUGCAGCCCGAAGGAGGACUCAGAGAGAUCAUCCCUAACCAAGAAGACACUCUGGACUUUGGAAAGGUCAGCAGACUUUUUCACAUCACAAGAGCGAUCACAUCCACCUUUAACUUCCUGGUGUCCAAUCUGGCAAGAUUGAACCUGGACGUGAUUGACCUUACAGGUCCCAGUGAGCUGUUGCAACAUUUGCAAGUAAAGCCUCAACAUGAUGCUAUAGAGGUUGGGAAGCAGCUGCAGUCUUCACUUAUUUGUCCAGGGAGCAUUUGUAACCUCAGAGACGUCAGACUGAGUAUCGAGGUAAAGCAUGGGCCAACGUUUACAUUUUGCAUCGAAGGCCGGUCUGUAGCACCGAACCUUGAAUUCUCCUUCACUAAGAUCAACUUUGGCAAGUGCUUCCUGUACAGUGAGGGCAGGGUGCCGGCCUCACAAACGCUAGUGAUCAGCAACAAAGGGGGAAAGGACAUUAGUGUCCAGUGUGUGUUCAGAAACACCUCUUACCUAGAGACGGACUUCCAAACAGCUGUUUUGUCCCCUGGUGCUGUGAUAGAGGCACCAAUCAACUUCUAUCCUCGUGAGGCGUGCCGUUACCAAGAAACAAUCACCUUCAUCUUAAACAGCUGCAUCACCAAACACGUGGACGUACUGGCGCAAGGCGUGGAGAGGAAGCUGGAGGUGGAGCCCCCCAUGCAGAGGAAAGUGAAGCUGGGGUCUCUGAUGUUGGGUCAGAAAGUGAAGAAACAAGUAGUGCUGGUCAACCGGAGCCUGUUAGACAUUUCCUUCACUCUGAUGCUUAACACAAACACACCACUGGACCUAAGGGACCUGUCCUUCAGUCCAGCAGGAAAGCAGAGCCUGAAGGCCAGCGUUGGUUCAUGUAACGUUGAGAUCCAGUUCUCUCCUCGUCAGCACAUACCUCCCUUCUCUGCUGAGCUGCAGGCGGAGGUAGCAGGCCUGCUGCUCCCCCUGCUGACCAUCCAAGGCUGCUGCCAGGUAGUGGAGGUCCAGUUGGACCAGGACCACCUGGCCUUCGGAGCUGUUGUGCAGCGCUGCCAGGCCAGGAAGAGGAUUCACAUGAUGAACACUGGGGACAUUGGUGCCAAGUUCCAGUGGAAAACAGAGGCCUUUCCUCCAGAGUUGUCCAUCUCCCCAGCUAAAGGCUACAUCUGUCCAGGCAUGGAGGUUCCUUUCUCAGUGACCUUUGCCCCAGUGCAAGUGAAUAAUGAUAUAAGACAUGAGAACCUGUGCUGCUGGGUGGAGGGGUCCUCCUCACCCGUCAGAUUCACUGUAGCCGGCUCCUGCAUCGUAGCCUCCACCAGCAAAGAGGUGCUCCACUUUGUCUGCCUAGUGCGCGGCUCUCACACCCACACCCUGCCUGUGGCCAACCCCACAAACCAGCAGUGCAGCGUCAGACCUGUCAUAGAGGGCCAACAGUGGAGCGCUGCCCCCAUGCUGAUCCUUAGACCCCACCAAAGCAAGACCUACCAGAUCACCUACCGACCUCUGUCUAUGACUGCUGAUGGGAAGAAGCACCAGGGAUCUGUCUUCUUCUCCUUCCCUGAUGGGACGGGCCUGCUGUACUCCCUGCAAGGAACUGCUGAACCUCCCAAGGCAGAGGACUCCAUUGUACACGAGCUGCCAGCCAAGACUCACCACACAGAGGUGCUCCCUGUGCACAACUGGCUCUCCAAGCAACAGAGGUUCCAUGUGCUGAUAGAGACCCUGAAACCUGACAAGCCAGAUGCUACAGUGUCCCUCAAGGGUCAAAAAGACAUUGUCGUCCCUGCUCUGGCCACUCGGGACUACCCGUUGUCUUUCUUUACAUACAAAGAGGGGCAGUACAACGCCAAGGUGACGUUUCAUGAUGAGGUGUCCGGUGAGUACUUGUUCUAUCUCGUGACCUUUAAGGCCACACCUCCAGGAGUCCUGUCCACCAUGGAGCUGGUGACCGCUGUGCGUCAGACGGCCUCAGCCACUGUGCAGGUGGAGAAUCCUCUGACCACAGUCACCUGCCUCACUACGGAGUGUAAAUGCCCUGACAUCAGUGCCCCGGCUCAGCACACUGUGCCAGGACAGUCCAAGGGCUCUGUGAGCUUCGAGUAUCUGCCCCUGCGUGUAGGCGAGUCUACAGCGCGCCUCACUCUCCACAGCAGCGAUCUGGGUUCCUUCCACUACGACCUGCUGCUCAGAGCUUUGCCUCCCCCACCAGAGAAGACCGUCCACUUCAGCACCUGUCUGGGCAGCAGCCAGGCCGUUCUUGUGAAGUUCAUUAACCACUCACGCUUCAAACCCGAGUACUCAUGCAAGGCCGAUUGCCCGGACUUCACAGUGGACAAGGUGAGGCCCCAGGUGGGGUCUGAGUCGGGCGUGGAGGUUUGUUUUGAACCUCAUCAGCUGGGGCAAGUGAUAGGCCAGCUCACCCUGUCCUCAGGAAUCGGGGGGGAAUACAUCUUUCCGCUGCACGGGAUCAGUCUCCCUCCCAAAGCCCAGGGUCCCUUCAGCAUCAGGGCCGGUCGCAGCGUUACCAUCCCCUUCAAGAAUGUGUUCCUGCACACCAGCGAUUUCUCUUUUCAGGUGGACAACCCCUGUUUUACUGUCAAAGACAUAGACACCGUCCCCUCCAAAAAGACCCAAAACAUUGUGGUGUCUUUUGAGUCCCCUGCAGCAGGCUUUCCGGGACCGUGGUUCGGCAAUCUGACCGUCUCCAGCCAGCGCUCUGAGGGCCACAGGAAACCUUGUUCUUGGAUCUUUUACCUGAAGGGCUAUCGGCCUGAGUCCUCUUAG